AUGGUGCCAUCUAUUGGUUUAAUUAUAGCAAUUUUUAUGACUGACGAAAAGCGUCCAUUUACCAUUUGUGAAAUGUAUCAAACUAUGUAUUUUGAUGAACACUUUCAAGCCUUUAAUUUACAUAAGUUGGUUAGCGUAACCACUGACGGAGCAAGAAAUAUGACAGGCAAAAAUAUUGGAUUGCAGGCUAUUAUUAUUAAUGAAAUGAAAUUAAAAGAAUUGUCACCACCGCUAUUUUUUCAUUGCAUUAUUCAUCAGCAUGCACUUUGCGCCAAAAUUAUGUCGUGGGAUUCAAUAAUGAAAGAAGUAGUAUCUAUUAUCAAUUUUAUACAAAACAAUGGACUGAAUCAUGGACAAUUUCAAAGUUUUUUUAUUGAAAUUAAUACAGAAUAUGGCGAUGUAUUGUACUACACCGCAGUUGAUGAAAAAGGAAAGGACGCUUCCAUGCUUGGAAAUCAAACUUGGAUUUCUGAACUGGCUUUUUGUGUUGACAUAUUGAAGUAUAUAAAUGAAAUCAACAUAAAACUACAAGAUAAAAAUCAACUUAUUCCUGAUAUGUGGUUUAAUAUUGAUGUUGAAGAUAUACCUGUUGAGCUUCAAAUGGAAAUAGUAGAUUUGCAGCCACAAGAUAUCUUAAAAGACUCAUUCAAAGCAUCGCCUUUACUUUUUUUCGCUGAACUUCCUGCAUCAUUUUCAAAAAUUAAAAAUAUAGCUGCGAAAUACUUCAGUAUGUUUGGAUCCACUUACGUAUAUGAACAGGCCUUUUCUCAUAUGAAAAAAAUUAAAAACCCAUACCGUUCACCGUUCUUUAACAUGAUCAUCUCCACCAUGUACUUAGAGCCAGCACAAGUAUCGAAGGAGGAAUCAAUAUGGGAUAUGGAAAAUAAGUUAUACCAUGAUAAAAAUGCCAAACAUGUGAGUUGGACCAAGGUGGCCAGAGCUUCUAUUAAAGACUUCGACGGACGAGCUUGA